UUUAUUUUGACAGCUUCAAAUAAAUAGUGUAAAAAUAGAUACGUUUAUACUCGAUACACAAUUUGUAUUUGUGAAGUAUGUUAAAUUCCGAGUGCAGCCUUGAGUGACAAUGGCCAAUCAACAGCCCCCGACGACGAUGGCCCCGCGGAAGGAGAAGCGCAUCGAGCGGGACGAAAAUCGCGGCCAGUGGAAGUCCAAGUCGGAGUUCAUCCUCUCGCUGCUGGGCUAUGCCAUUGGCAUAAGCAACGUUUGGCGUUUUCCCUAUCUCUGCUACCGCAGUGGCGGCGCCGCCUUUCUGAUCCCAUAUCUGCUGAUGGUAAUCGUGGCUGGCAUACCACUGUUCUAUAUGGAACUUCUGAUCGGUCAGUUUUCGAGCACAGGAUGCACGGGCAUGUUCCGCAUGACGCCCCUGUUAAAGGGAACCGGAUUCGCCCAGGUGAUGGUGAAUGCCUACUGCGUGUGCUACUACUCGGUGAUCAUAUCGUAUCCCAUCCGCAUGAUCUCCUACUGCUUCUUUAAGAAGGUUCCCUGGCAGGACUGUGAAAACCCUUGGAACACCGACGUCUGCAUGAACCCCGAUGACUUUGGAAAGCAUAAUAAUACUGAGGGAUUUAAAACUGCCGCCGACGAGUUCUUUCACCUGGAAGUGCUAAGAAUCUCAAGCGACAUCUCAGAUUUGGGCGGAAUGAUAUGGGAACAGUUCCUGAGCCUGCUGAUCACCUGGAUUAUUGUUUACCUGUGUUUAAUGCGCGGAAUAAGAUCUGUGGGAAAGGUGGUGUACUUCACGGUUCCCUUUCCUUACUUACUGCUGUUCAUCCUGUUCGUGAGAGGUGUCACCUUGCCUGGGGCUUGGAUGGGCAUAAAGUUCUUCCUGUAUCCCGAAUGGCAUCGCCUGCUGGACCUCAAAGUCUGGGCCGAUGCCGCCAUCCAGAUGUUCUUCGGCAUCGGACCCGGCUGGGGUGGUAUCGUCAAUAUGGCCAGUUUUAGCAAUUUUCGGAAUAAUGCCAGGUGCGACACGAUAAUCAUAGUGUCGAUUAACGUAUUUACCAGCAUAUUUGCGGGAUUAGUGGUCUUUGCUGUGCUGGGCUUCCUCUCGGAAAAGUCGGGCAUACCCGUGGAGACGGUGGCCACUGGUGGAGCAGGACUUGCAUUCGUCACCUAUCCGGAGGCCAUCGCCUUGCUGCCAAUACCGCAGCUCUGGGCCCUCAUGUUCUUCCUAAUGCUCUUUCUGCUCGGCAUCGACAGUGUGUUUGUACAACUGGAGUCUAUCAUGUCAUCCAUUUUAGACGAGUGGACCUGGGUAAGGAAGCACAAAUGGAAACUGACGCUCAUUUGCUGUCUCUUCUUUUUUUUGGUCUCCUCCAUAAUGUGCACAAAUGGCGGCAUGUAUAUCCUCCAGCUGUUUGACUGGUACUCCUCGGCAAUAGCCGUAAUUGUUAUUUGUAUGGUGGAGAUCACCAUGGUGGCCUAUAUUUAUGGCAUUAAAAACUUUAUGCUGGAUAUCGAGUUUAUGCUCGGCAAAAGACCAAGUCUGUACUGGAGGAUCGUCUGGCAGAUCGUCACUCCUCUAGUUCUAAUCUUCAUUCUCAUUACGAGCAUCGUGUUCAUGAGGACCAUCACCUACAACAACGUGGCGUAUCCCCAGUGGGCCGUUAUCAUCGGAUGGGCCAGUUUUGUGUCGUCUGUUAUUUGGAUACCGCUAUACAUAUUCUACGUCAUGAUCCGCAAGAGGGCCACAUUGUGCGAGAGCCUUAAGAAGCGCCUCAAGCCCCUGGAUUGGACUCCAGCUGAUCCGCAGGAUCGGGCGGACUACGAGGCCUUCCGAAGGCAGCGCCAGAUGCCGGGAAUGAUGUCUGAAACAGAUGUGGAGGGCUCUAAAUAGAUUUUAUAUAUAUAUAUACUUUUAU